AUGGCAUCGUCUUUGAAAUCUAUAGAAGAUGAAUCAAGACCGUCUGCCUCGCAGAGCUCAUCAGAUACCAACGUAUUUGAAGAGGUUGAAGCUGAAGACUCGCGGCAAUCUUUCGAGUCGAGAACCUCGGCUAGACUCGAAAAGCUCACGGGCACUAAAGAGAAGAAAGUUACCGAUGGUGUCUGGCAGUCGUACUACCAUUGCUUGGUUGCACUCGUGAUGGCCACUGACAUUCGUUACUGGACCCCUGACUGGUACCAGAAUGCACCCACUCAAGGCUACUGCUACGCUCUCAUCGCAUAUUCGAUUCUACAAUCGUGGUUGGACACGGUCUUCUGUGGCCGUAACUUACUCUACCUGAUAGAAGCCGUCUUUGACCAAGCCCCCUGGCUCCGAUGUGCCUCAGGACUGGGCGCGAAGUGCCUGGUCGUGACUAGCGAGACUAAGCUGUCCAAAGACUGCAAAGUUGACAAAAAUACCACUCUGUUCUCGUGCCCGGACCGAGGGACCUUCGACUUCUCGGCUCAGCAUUGGUUCAAAUCUCGCUACAAGGUGAAUUCCAGCACCGGUCGUCCGCCUCUGGACACACAGUGGAAGCUCGUUCUGUGCUCCAUUGCUCACUGGCUGAUCGUGGCGUUGAGCGCCGCGCGAACCAUCUACAAGUUCGGGACGGCGAUAUACUGCAUAGCCAUUACCGUGCUGGUCUUCAUGCUGCUCGAAUUAAUCUACAUCCUGUACAAGGUGGACUUGACCGCUCUAAUACGAAUAGCAUUCGGACCCACGCGUCUCGCGGACUUUGUGAACAAAGAGUUUUGGGCUGUUGCAUACAUCGGGACGAUAUGGCGUGCCCACGUGACGACGCCGCCUCUGACGAUGAGCUUCGUAGCUCGAGUAGACUCGAAGUUCAGCAUUGCUUGGUGCGCAAUUAUUGUCAGCUUCGCUACCUUCUGUCUCGUCUUGUUUAAAACCACCACCCGCGGAGCGCUGAGGCGUCUGAUUGCCGACGCGUUGAACGUCGACCCUGAUCUUCUAACGCUGAACAGCGGAAGCAGUGGACUGGCCCUGAUACCCCAGCACCUUGGCACAUUGCCGAUGCCACUUAUGUGGACGUUUUAUUGGUUCGCGAUGCGAUACGCCGUUCUUUGGCUCCAGUCCACGAUGGUGGUUGAGGCUAUUCUUGAGAACUUCUUCCUGAAGAACAACGUCAGGAAGGAAUUUCGCAUUUACUUUAUCGGUCUGUACUGCGUCACGGCCUGCAUCAUCAACGUCGUCAUCGUCAUUGAGCAAUCCGCCUUGCCAUCAUUGAACCUCAUCUACUCCAGCAUCAUCUUUACUGGUUUUACCUUCAUGCCGUUGGUGGAAUCGAUUUUUAUUCUACUCAUUUACGGUCUCGGUGUCUUCAUCGACGACGUUCACUUCAUGUACGGAUCCCCGCCAUCGUUCUUCUGGCGUUUCUGUUGGAAACUUCUUCCCUUCAUGUUGCUGUCACUGUACGUGGCCUCUCUUGUCACGGAAUUAAAAAAUGGCGUUACAUCACUCGGCACACCCUUCUUGCUGCUGAAAGCAGCUUUGAUCGCAAUAAUUCCGAUAUUUGCAGUGAAGCAAAUUAUGUACGCUGUGUACACCGAGAAUCUGACGUACCUAUUCAAUCCCGUCUUUGACUGGGGUCCCCGUGACAAGGAGGUGCGCAAGGCGAGGAAGCAAUUCAAUCCAAAAACUGAUAUCCGUUCUCAGCCGGAACGCACCGUCAAUUACGUGAAACCUCGAAGCUCGAUACGUGCAUUGAGCAUAGAAUAGAACCUUUUCAUCAUCGCAAUUAUCAUCUUCCCCAG